AUGUCACGAUCGAUGCCUCAAAACAGUCGUAUCAUACUGCAGUGGCGUUGCGUUACAAUUGAUCAAAUUGCCCAUACAUGGUCUGAACCAUCGCAUAUAAAGCGACGAUUCUGUUGCGUUUGUCGCAAGCGAACCGACGACACACUAACAGUUGAAUGUGAAGUAUGUGAAUAUUAUGUUCACGUGGAUUGUCAGGAUUUAGCAGUUAGCGAUUGUAAAGAGGCGGCCACAUUCGUUCCCAAUGUUGACAAGGUGAUAUUUGUCAUUCAGUUUUAA